AUGACGCCCUUUAAGCUUGUCUAUGGCAAGGUGUGCCAUUUACUGGUAAAGGUAAAGUACAAGGCCUAUUGGGCGGUUAAACAAUGCAAUAUGAGUUUGGCCCAUGCUAUUGAAGAAAGGCUUCUAGAACUGCAAGAGUUGGAAGAGUUACGUCUUAAAGCUUAUGAGAACUCUAGACUUUACAAGGAAAAGAUGAAGCUAAUUCAUGAUAAAUGUCUUGUAAGGAAAGAGUUCAAGGUCGGCCAAAAGUUGUUGCUUUUCAAUUUGUGCCUCCAACUUAUGCCAGGUAAGCUUAAGUCCAAAUGGCUUGGUCCUUUUGAAAUUACUAAUCUUUUUCCUUAUGGUGUAAUUGAGAUUAGGAGUCGGGAGACUAAAAAGAAGUUCGAAGUGAAUGGGUAG